GGGUAAACGGUGGUACACUUCCGCUAAACUUCCUCUUCUUUACUUUCAUUGUUGAUAGUCAGUAAACUGCUGAAAUCCACAGUUAACAGUCAGAUUAUCCGUUCAGUGCUUAUAGAAUGAACUUUCGCUUUUAGCCGGAGUACUCGCCGCUUCAGCUAUAUGGGAAAUACUAAGAAGCUAGCCGCCUAGCCUGCAGUACAACUGCUGCUGUGUGUGCAGAUCUUCCCUGGAAGCCAAGAUUAUGAUUGUCUCUGUGCUUUUGUUAUGGUUUUACUUGUUUUGAAUCACCUGUGCAGCAUGGAAUCUGAAGGAAUAGUCAUCCGGAUAAAGACACCUGUGGGGGACAUGGACUCAUUAGUGGAUUGUCCAUCACAUCUGAACUUCAAUGAUUUGCUGGCCGCGAUCAGGGAUGUCAUGCCUGAAGCCACAGUCACUGCUUUUGAAUAUGAGGAUGAAGUUGGGGAUCGAAUCACAGUUCGCAGUGAUGAGGAGCUCAAAGCCAUGCUGUCAUAUUACUGCAACACAGUGAUGGAGCAACGCAUCAAUGGACUGUUACCUGAGCCAUUACAGAUAUUUCCACGAGCUGGCAAGACCCCAGGGAUCCGGAACAUACACGGCCUGAAGGUGAACACGCGGCCUGAAUCCUCGAGUGGCAGGAGCUCCUCUGUGGCUGAUUCCCUGUCCAAUGAUAGUUUAAAAAAGUCUUCAGCUGAGCUUAAGAAGAUCUUGACAAACGGACAGAUAAAUGAACAUGACCUCCAGUACCAGGAGCAGCUUGGCCAUGGAAAUGGAGGAACAGUUUACAAAGCGUACCACAUGCUUGGGAAGAGAGUUCUAGCAGUGAAGGUUAUUCCUCUAGACAUCACAGUGGAGCUGCAGAAGCAGAUAAUGUCUGAGCUUGAGAUCCUUUAUAAGUGUGAUUCUCCAUACAUCAUAAAGUUCUACAGUGCAUUCUUUGUGGAGAACAGAAUAUCUAUAUGCACUGAGUUUAUGGACGGUGGCUCUCUGGAUGUCUACUGGAGAAUUCCGGAGCAUGUCUUGGGCAGGAUUGCUGUAGCAGUGGUAAAAGGAUUAACUUACCUGUGGAGCCUGAAGAUUUUGCACAGAGAUGUGAAACCCUCCAACAUGCUGGUCAACACACGUGGUCAGGUCAAAUUGUGUGACUUUGGAGUCAGCACACAGUUGGUUAACUCCAUUGCUAAAACAUACGUUGGAACCAAUGCGUACAUGGCGCCAGAGCGGAUAUCAGGGGAGCAGUAUGGUAUUCACUCAGAUGUUUGGAGUGUAGGGAUCUCUUUCAUGGAGUUGGCACUGGGCUCUUUUCCAUAUCCACAGAUUCAAAAGAACCAAGGCUCCUUAAUGCCUCUUCAGUUAUUGCAGUGCAUUGUUGAUGAGAACCCGCCCGAGCUUCCAGUUGGCCAGUUUAGUGAGAAAUUUGUCCACUUUAUUACACAAUGUAUGAGAAAGCAACCCAAAGAAAGACCUGCUCCUAACAACCUAAUGGACCACCCCUUCAUCAUGCAAUAUAAUGAUGGCAACACAGAGGUCGUGUCCAUGUGGGUGUGCCGCAGCCUAGAGGACCGCAAAGCUCAGCAGGCACAGAGGCUCAUGUAAAGAAUAGUGGCACAGGACAGAAUUAUGGGAGUUGGUGUCCAAAUUUCCUCUCACUUUUCUAAUGAACCCAGAGAAGAAGCAGAUGAACUUGCAGCACCUCAAGUACAGCACCCCUCCCAACCCUGAGUUGUAAUGGUGCAUGGUCUGAGAACUGCCACGAGUCUGGUGCAGAUUAUGCAAGCAUUUAGCCUUAGGCCUGCAAAUGAGUAUUUUAACCAUGGUGGAUGAAUAUUGGUUUGCAUAAGCCCAAAUCUAGAUUUAUUUUCCCUCUUUGUGCCGAUUCCAAAGUAAAUGUUUUAACAGAAGAUCCUCACAGGGUGCUGUUGUUUGCUCAACUCAAAUUUAGUUCCCAUGGAUUUGAAUUUGUGUGAAAAUAAUGGAGACUUUCUCUGUCUGUACUUAAAGCAACAGUCUGGUUUUACCAAAACAUUAUGGCUGCGUCAUAAAUCAUCUCAAGUUCAGUAAAACAUUUCAGUUUUUUAAAUUGAUGGGGUUGUGUCAAGCUCCCUGCUGCAGUGCAAGUGCACGUCAUGUGACUGUUGUUUUAAAAGCCACUUUUUGUCAAGUUUCACAAACGGCCUGCCAGUUGUGGAAAUACCCAAUUUAAGUUGGAAAAAUAUGAUGCUGCAUUAUUAUGGUGGGUAGAAGCUUGUGCAGAGUACAAUGGCUUUUAGAUGUUCUAGUAGCAGCCUGAAAUACUACAUUGGAACCCAAUGGGUUUCGUUCUUGCCCUGACCAUGUAUAAGCCCAUUAAUGAGCUUUGUUCAAGUAGUUCAUUGAAAAUUAUUGCUUUGACUAUUGCAUUAACUUAAAGGAAUAGUUCACCCAAAAAUGAAAAUUCUCUCAUCACUUACCUUCAUGCCCUCCAAGAUGUUGAAUGACUUUCUUUCUUCUGCAGAACACAAACGAAGAUUUUUAGAAGAAUAUCUCCACUCUGUAUGUCCAUACAAUGCAAUGUGAAUGGGUACCAACAUUUUGAACCUCCAAAAUGCACGUAAAGGAAGCAUAAAAGUAAUCCAUAGAACUCCAGUGGUUUAAUGUGUAUCUUCUGAAGCAAUAUGAUAGGUGUGAGUGAGAAACAGAUCAGAUGGUGGCGAUAUGCACAAAGAAUGCAAAUUGCCAAAAACAAAAGAAGAAUGGGAAAGUGGAGACUGACAGUAAAAAAGGACCUAAAUAUUGAUCUGUUUCUCACCAACACUGAUCAUAUUGCUUCUGAAGAUGUGCAUUAAACCACUGGAGUAUUAUGGAUUACUUUUAUGCUGCCUUUAUGUGCUUUUUGGACCUUCAACAUUUUGGACACCAUUCACUUGCAUUGUGAGGACCCUCAGAGCAGAAAUAUUCUUAUAAAAAUGUUUGUGUUCAGAAGAAGAAAGUAAGUCAUACACAUCUGGGAUGGCAUGAGGGUAAGUAAAUGAUGAAAGAAUUUUCAUUUUUGGGUGAACUGUCCCUUUAAUGCACCAGUACACUUCAGAUAGGUAAAGCAAAUUAGAUGAGUGUUUUCCCUUUAAACCAUUUGAAAAAAAAUAAAAAAAAAUCAUAUGGAUCGGUCCUUACCUAAAGUGCUGAGAUGCAAUAGCUUGUAAAGUGCAGACGCACCACUGAAUUCUCUUGGUAGAUCACAUUAGCAUAGUGCUCAAAUUGUACCUAUUCAUCCACACAGUCUUGGCACAGCAGUUUCAUGUUGCUCAUUCCCCCAUUUGGAUAACAGUAACACAAUAUUAGUACAAGUAAGAUUCUACAAAGGUAACAAUGAUAAGACAAUGCCACAGCAGUCACAUAACUGUAUGCAGUGUAACAGGUCUAAAUUGACUGACCAGCUGUUCUGGGUUGACCAAAGCAAAUCAGCACACCUUCUGUGAUACUCUUUCUGUCAUGCACUGCAGGGGAGAGCAUCAUCCUACAUAGAACCACUGAAACCCUGACAGCUGUUGGCAAAUAUGGUCCUUACAUAAGCCACACUGAGUCAUCACAUAUGCCUUCUCUUCUGAUAAUGUUCAAUAUGGUCAGUGUUACUCAAUGGAUGAUGUUUUUAUUCAAGUGCUAGAUACUUUUUAUUAGGAUAUUAAUGUGGUUCUUCAGUGCCUGUGUCUAUUGAGGAAAAGAUCUCAGAACUAUUAUACCAGUGGAGAAGAUGGCUAUCAAAACAAUGGAAUAAGGUCAUUUUAUAUGAUGAUAGCAAAUGUGUAUAGUGCUUAUUGAGAUUUAUACUCAUUAUAUAUUACAGAAAAUGUAAUUGUCACAUACCAAAGCCAAAUACAUUGUUGUUGUUUUUUUUCCUAAGUUAUAUUAUUUGUUACAAUAAGUUUCUUUGCACCUGUUUUCUUAAUUUGUACAAUGUUUUUCUCAAAUGAUUAUAAUCUGAUAAUAGGCCAAAACCUUAGGAGUGGUUUGGCCAAGGUAUACGUCAGAUCUGUGAAGAACAAAAACAAGUAUGUGACUACAUAUUGCAGUUGAUGUGAGGUUUGCUAAAUAAAACUUUUCAAAUUUCA